AAACCAAUCGUUUUGAGAUAUGGCGACGCUCAUCCAGUUUCCAUACAACAUACACUUCUUUCAUUCUUCCACAACCACAAGGAAGUUACUUGGAAACAUCAUGGGAGGCAAAUAUUGUUCAAUCUAGAGGGCAAAGUUGGAGACUGCUCAGAAAGGAAAGAUGGUUGAUAUCUCUUUCUUGCUCCUCAAGGAAUAUUCAAACCUCACAUAAAGUUUUGUUGAGGUUUUUCAGCUCGUUCCUGAUUCAGAUCCCCCUAGCAUGAAGGAUGUUGAUCUUUUAUUUAAUUUUUUUGAUCGAAGUUCCAAGCUUGUGGUAUUGACCGGAGCUGGAAUGAGUAUGGAAUGUGGAAUUCCUGAUUAUAGAAGUAUUUCUGUGACCCAAAAACACAUACCGGGAAGCAACCACUUGAUCACAAAUCCACUUCUUUUCCUGAGCAGGAGAGCUCUGAAUGUUUCGGUUAUUUCACUGUUCUUUUAUGGAUUUUCACCGAACAUUUGUGCGGCCGUUUUUGCUGAAGAUUUGGAGCUUGAGAGAUACUCAGAUUCAAAGGAGGGUUUUACUCUUCUUCGACCAUCUUCUUGGGUCAAGGUUGAUAAGGCAGGGGCAACAGUUUUAUUUGAAGAGGAGAAUAUGGGAAGCAAUAAUGUUGGUGUUGUAGUGAACCCUGUUCGUCUCACAAGUCUUGGGGAGUUUGGAACUCCUCAAUUUGUAGCCGACAAACUUAUACAGGCUGAAAAGCGAAAGGAAAGUACAAAGGUUGCUGCACUGGUUGGUGUUGCAGAGAGAUCUGGUGAGGGAGGUUUACAGGUGUACGAGUUCGAGUACACAGUCGAUAGCACUAGAGGAGGGAUGAAGCGGAUUUUUUCUGCUGCUUUUGUGGCUUCUAAGAAGCUCUACAUCCUUAACAUAUCUCACUCUGACAAACCAGAGAACCCUCUUGAUUCACAAAGAAGGAUGAUGUUGGAGCAAGUUCUUCAUUCCUUUGAUGUUGCCCCUUCCUCAUAAUAUCAGAUCAUGGCCUCCCGUAGAAAUUAACUCAUUUUCUUAUUUUCUCUAUUUUUCUUUCGAUGUAAUUGGCUUCUAUUUUGUUCCUAUCAUUUUAUAUGUUUCAAUUUUGUCUUUAUUCCUAACAUUUUGGAAGUUUCAA